UUUUCUGUUGUCUGUGGUUAUUUUUUAGCGUUUGUGUUCACAUAAGACUAACAUUGUGUGUUUGAGUGAACGCCACCGUCGUUCUGCUGUUUCUCCGACUCUCAGGAUCCGUUCAGAUGAAUGAUUUGUUUGUCAUUUCCACCUGUCUGUUCAGCUUCAUCAUGGAUGACACACAAACACACAGAGAUGAAGAUUUUUCUCCAGGAUGCAGUUCAGUUCAUCAGAAAAGAUCAGAACCAGAGCUCAGCUGUGUGUUUAUGAAGAGUGACGAGUCUAUAGGUCAUCCACAACAUUUCAGUUCAGUUCAUCAGAAGAAAUCAGAACCAGAGCCCAGCUGUGUGUCUAUGAGGAGUGAUGAAUCUUUGAAUCGUCCAAUUGAUUUUAAGAGUGAUGACACAAGGUUUAACCUCAAGUCAAUCCUGCCACCCAGAUCAGUUGAAACAAAACCCAUCUGUAAGAAAUAUGACCAGUCUAUGAAUCAACCACAAGACAGCACGUAUCCUGGUGUAAGGCAUGAGGUCCUCAACACGUUUAGAUCAAAUCUGAAGAAGAAGUUUGAGCGUCUGUAUGAGAGAACAGCGACGCAGGAAAACGCAACACUCCUGAAUGAGAUCUACACAGAGCUCUACAUCACAGAGAGUGAGAGUGGAGAGAUCAGUAAUGAGCAUGAGGUGAGACAGAUUGAGACACAAUCCAGGAGAGCAGCAACAGAGGACACAGCCAUCAAAUGCAAUGACAUCUUUACACCUUUACCUGGACAAGACAAAGCCAUCAGAACUGUGCUGACAAAGGGAGUCGCUGGCAUUGGAAAAACAGUUUCUGUGCAGAAGUUCAUCCUGGACUGGGCUGAAGGGAAAGAGAAUCAGGACGUCCAGCUCAUAUUUCCACUUCCUUUCAGAGAAAUCAAUCUGAUGAAGGACAAAACACUCAGUCUUUCAGAUCUUCUUCAUGUGUUUUUCCCUGAAACUAAAGAAAUGGAAAUAUCCAGUGAUGAAUAUAAAGUGUUGUUCAUCUUUGAUGGUCUAGAUGAGUGUCGUCUGUCUCUGGACUUUAAGAGUAUAGUGAAACUGUGUAAUAUAUCUGAAUCAGCCUCAGUGGACGUGCUGCUGAUGAACCUCAUUGUGGGGAAUCUGCUUCCCUCUGCUCUCAUCUGGAUCACCUCCAGACCAGCAGCAGCUGAUCUCGUCCCCUCUGAGUGUGUCGUCCAUCGAGUGACAGAGGUACGAGGCUUCAAUGAGCCACAGAAGGAGGAAUACUUCAGGAAGAGAAUCAGUGAUCAGAGUCUGGCCGACAGGAUCAUCUCACACCUGAAGUCAUCGAGGAGCCUCUACAUCAUGUGCCACAUCCCAGUGUUCUGCUGGAUCUCAGCCGCUGUUCUAGAGAAGAUGUUGAGUCGAGCAGAGAGUGGAGAGAUUCCCAAGACUCUCACUCAAAUGUACACACACUUCCUGAUCCUUCAGACCAACAUCAAACAUGAGAAGGACUAUGAGAAGAAGGUGACAGAUGAAGACAUGAUCUUCAAACUGGGGAAAGUGGCUUUUCAGCAGCUUGUGAAAGGCAACCUGAUCUUCUAUGAGGAAGACCUGAGAGAGUGUGGCAUUGAUGUGACAGAAGCAUCAGUGUACUCAGGAUUGUGCACUCAGAUCUUCAGAGAGGAGUUUGGCUUGUGUCAGGGGAAAGUCUUCUGCUUUGUUCAUCUGAGCAUUCAGGAACAUCUAGCAGCUCUAUAUGUGCACCUCUCCUGGACAAACCACAACAGAAAUGUUUUUGACCAAAGUUUUUUCUCUGAAGUGAAGGACUGGUUUCAACUCAAUUCAUCAGAACAUGUUUCAUUAUCUGAUCUGCAUCAGAGAGCUGUGGAUGAGGCUUUGCAGAGGAAAAAUGGACAUCUGGAUCUUUUCCUGCGGUUCCUUCUGGGUUUGUCAGUGGAGUCUCAUCAGAUUCUCCUACAACGAAUAAUGACGCUGAAAAGAAGCAGAUCUGACAGCAAUGAGAUAAUAAUUGAGUACAUCAAGUUGAAGAUCAGGACCAUUGACUCUCCAGAGAAAUCCAUUAAUCUGUUCCACUGUCUGAAUGAACUGGGUGAUCGUUCACUAGUGGAGGAAAUACAACAGUAUCUGACAUCUGGAACAAUAAAAGAAACCAAACUCUCUUCAUCUCAGUGGUCAGCUGUAGUUUUUGUGUUGUUGACAUCAGAAGAGGAACUGAAUGAGUUUCGUCUUGAUACGUUUGUUAAAGAAAAGAAUAAUCCUGAAAAUAUGAAAGUUCUUCAGAAGUUGCUGCCCGUGAUUAAAGAAUCCAGAUCAGUUCAGUUGAGUUAUUGUGGUGUCACAGAUGAAGGUUGUGCUGCUCUGGCUUCAGCUCUGAGAUCAAACCUCUCACACCUGAGACAACUGAAUCUGUCCGGGAAUAAACUAGGAGAUUCAGUGAAGCUGCUUUCUGAUAUACUACAGAAUCCUCACUGUAAACUGGAAAUACUGUGGUUGAGUGAUUGUGGUGUCACAGAUGAAGGUUGUGCUGCUCUGGCUUCAGCUCUGAGAUCAAACCCCUCACACCUGAGAGAACUGAAUCUGUCUGGGAAUAAACUAGGAGAUUCAGUGAAGCUGCUUUCUGAUGUACUACAGAAUCCUCACUGUAAACUGGAGAAACUGGAGUAAGAUCCUCCGUAAAACAUCCUUUACUGUCAAUU